UCAUUCACUGUGUGCGGUGACUGCUGCUGCUGCUGUUGAAGCAUUAACCUGCUCUCACUGCUAAUCUGAAAGGAGGCAGAGGGAGUCAGUGGCCAUGUCUUCCCUCAUACGCUGCAUCUCCAGCUCUUCUGUCAUUCUCCUGCAGAGGGGAGUCCGGCAGAAGAUACCCGGUAGAAGACAAUUCAGGACUUUCCCCGUGUUAUGGGACCAAAAGGCUGCCAGAGGUGUGCUCUACAAGGACGUGGUGGUGGGCGUUCCUAAGGAGACGUUGCAGAAUGAGCGUCGCGUGGCGCUGUCGCCUGCAGGAGUGCAGGCACUGGUCAAACAGGGAUUCCAGGUGCAGGUUGAGAGCGGAGCUGGACUGGAAUCCAAGUUCUCUGACCAACAGUACACAGAGGCUGGAGCCACCAUCACUGACGUCAAGGGAGCCUUUGCCUCAGAUUUGGUCCUCAAGGUACGAGCCCCCAGUAUAAGUGAGGCAGACUUCCUGAAGCCCAACAACACCUUGGUGAGCUUCGUGUAUCCAGCGCAGAACCCAGAGCUGAUGAAGAAGCUGUCGGAGAGACAGAGCACGGUGCUGGCCAUGGACCAGGUGCCCAGAGUCACCAUCGCACAGGGCUACGAUGCCCUCAGCUCCAUGGCUAACAUCGCUGGGUACAAAGCCGUGGUUCUGGCUGCCAACAACUUUGGCCGGUUCUUCACUGGUCAAAUCACAGCGGCAGGAAAAGUUCCCCCUGCUAAGGUCCUGGUUAUUGGAGGCGGAGUGGCUGGUUUAGCAGCAGCAGGUGCAGCCAAGUCGAUGGGAGCCAUAGUCAGAGGGUUUGACACCAGGCCCGCGGCUCUGGAGCAGUUCAAGUCUUUUGGGGUAGAGCCUUUAGAGGUAGAUAUUAAAGAGUCCGGUGAAGGAGUUGGAGGAUACGCCAAAGAGAUGUCUCAAGAGUUCAUUGAUGCUGAGAUGGCUCUUUUCGCCAGGCAGUGUAAAGAGGUCGACAUUCUCAUCAGCACCGCCUUGAUUCCAGGGAAGCGGGCUCCCAUUCUGAUCAAGAAGGAGUUUGCGGAGUCGAUGAAGGACGGAUCUGUGGUGGUGGAUUUGGCUGCAGAGGCCGGGGGCAACAUCGAGACCACGAAGCCUGGAGAGCUGUACGUUCACAAGGGAGUGACACACAUCGGCUACACAGACCUGCCCAGUCGCAUGGCCUCGCAGGCCAGCACUCUGUAUUCCAACAACGUCCUGAAGCUGCUGAAGGCCAUCAGCCCAGACAAGGACUACUUCCACUAUGAGCCCAAAGACGAAUUUGACUAUGGAACAAUUGACCAUGUCAUCCGUGGGACUCUGGUUAUGAAGGACGGCAAGAACAUGUUCCCUUCACCGCUGCCGAAAACAGUCCCCCCAGCUCCAGUCAAACAGAAAAGCGUCUCCCAGUUGGAGGCGGAGAAAGCAGCGGCGGUUUCACCCUUCAACCGCACCCUGACCUCUGCUGGCGUUUACACCGCAGGUGUUUCCACGUGUCUGGCUCUGGGCAUCAUAUCCCCCAACGCAGCGUUCACUCAGAUGAUCACAACCUUUGGAUUAGCAGGGAUUGUGGGAUACCACACAGUGUGGGGUGUGACCCCCGCUCUGCACUCACCCCUCAUGUCUGUCACCAAUGCCAUCUCAGGUCUGACGGCGGUCGGCGGGCUGGCGCUGAUGGGCGGAGGUCUUGCACCCUCCUCACUGCCUGAGAGUCUCGCUCUGGCUGCUGCCUUCAUUUCUUCAAUCAACAUUGCUGGUGGUUUCCUGAUCACCAAGAGAAUGUUGGACAUGUUCAAACGUCCCACUGACCCUCCCGAGUACAACUACCUGUAUAUGCUGCCUGGAGCUGCUUUUGUUGGUGGAUAUGGAGCUUCAGUGGCAGCUGGAUACAACAUUGAACAGAUGAUGUACUUGGGCUCAGGCUUGUGCUGUGUCGGGGCGUUAGCAGGCCUCUCUGCUCAGGGCACCAGUCGCCUGGGGAACACUCUGGGCAUGAUGGGAGUGGCGGGAGGCAUUGCUGCCACACUCGGUGCCCUCAAACCCUCACCUGAGCUGCUGUCACAGAUGUCUCUGGCCAUGGCCACUGGAGGAACUCUUGGUCUGACCAUUGCCAAGCGUAUUGAAAUCGCCGACUUGCCGCAGCUUGUGGCAGCCUUCCACAGCCUCGUGGGGCUGGCAGCCGUUCUCACGUGCGUCGCAGAGUUCAUGAUCGAGUUCCCUCACCUUGACACUCACCCAGCUGCCGGUGUUAUCAAGACCGUGGCCUAUCUGGGAACCUACAUCGGUGGCGUCACCUUUAGUGGAUCACUCGUCGCCUACGGCAAGCUUCAAGGCGUCCUGAACUCCGCCCCUUUGAUGUUGCCGGGCCGACACAUGCUGAACGCUGGCCUGAUGGCAGCAUCAGUGGGAGGCAUGAUUCCUUUUAUGCUCAGCUCCAGCUAUGGCACUGGCAUGGGGUGUCUAGUGGGAGUGUCGGGGCUUUCCACCAUCAUGGGUGUAACCCUCACAGCAGCCAUCGGGGGUGCUGACAUGCCUGUGGUCAUCACCGUGUUGAACAGCUACUCUGGGUGGGCUCUCUGUGCUGAAGGUUUCUUACUGGAGAACAACCUCAUGACGAUCGUCGGCGCUCUUAUCGGCUCCUCCGGUGCCAUCCUCUCGUACAUUAUGUGUGUGGCUAUGAACCGCUCCCUGCCCAACGUGAUCCUGGGUGGGUACGGCACCACCUCCUCAUUGGGGGGUAAGCCCAUGGAGAUUGUCGGCACUCACACCGAGGUCAACGUUGAUCAGACCAUCGACAUAAUCAAAGAAGCCAACAACAUCAUCAUCACACCAGGUUGGGGUCUGUGUGCAGCCAAAGCUCAGUACCCCAUCGCAGACAUGGUGAAAAUGCUGAGAGAACAGGGAAAGACUAUCAGGUUUGGUAUCCACCCAGUUGCUGGUCGAAUGCCUGGCCAGCUGAACGUCCUUCUAGCUGAGGCGGGUGUUCCCUAUGAUGUGGUCCUGGAGAUGGAUGAGAUCAAUGAAGACUUCCCUGAGACGGACCUGACGCUGGUCAUCGGCGCCAACGACACUGUGAAUUCUGCAGCGCAAGAAGAUCCCAACUCUAUCAUUGCUGGCAUGCCGGUCCUGGAAGUGUGGAAGUCCAAACAGGUGGUGGUUAUGAAACGUACCUUGGGCGUGGGCUACGCUGCAGUCGAUAAUCCCAUUUUCUACAAACCCAACACAUCCAUGUUGCUGGGAGAUGCCAAGAAAACCUGUGACAGCCUGCAAGCAAAGAUCAGAGAGACCUACUACUAGUCAACAUCUGUUCUUUUACAGUGUAUCGUGUACAAUAAGGUCGACGGACUAUAUUUUCAGCAUAUAUAUUUUUGAAGACCAGAUUUAUUAGUUCUGCAACAAUAGUGAAUCUAGGUGCCCAUGGGUCAUGAAUUCUUCUUUAUUUUUGGAAAAUAAGAGACAUGGAUUUCUCAGACAUGUAAUAAUUUGUAAAUAAAAAUAUUAAAACAUAA